CUGUUUACAUUGUAAAAGACAAGUCCUGAGCCAAAGUCAAACGAGAAAGAACUUGUUUGGAAGGAUGGUGUCAUUCCUUUUCCAGAGUGAAAAGCACAGGGGGAGGGUCUAAUAGCUGGAGAGGGGCAAGAGAGAAGGAGAAGUUACCAUUGCAGACAACUCUUACUCCGGCUGAAAGAAAGGCGGAGAGCACGAGGAAGCCGAAAGGUGGAAAGGAAAUCCACACCGCAGCUGUUUAAACAAUAAAUACUCAAAAUGGAGGACUCCAACAGCAGCAAGCCAUUCAUGGUGACGUCAUCGCUGAACUUCAAAGUCACCACACCAUCCUUCUACAACCAGCCAAAGAAGUUCGCCUCUGUGGCACCGCCGCGGCCCAAAAGCCUAACGCCGCCCUCCGCCCCUUCACCAACGCCAGUAGGCACAGGUGUGAUUGGUCGAGUGGGAGAUGUUCCUAUGCCGCCCUCGUCAGUCUGUGAAGACUUCCCACCCCCUCCUCCUCCUCCUCCACUGGAUGAUGAUCUGCCAGCCCCUCCCCCUGAAUGCCACAUCACAUCCACUGCAUCAGACGCCCCCUCCUUUCCUGCACCUCCUCCAGUGGCAGAUGACCUGCCCCUCCCAGCUCCCCCUGUGGACAUUGCCUGUCCACCCACCUUCCCCUCGCCCCCACCUCCUCCUCCACCCCCUCCACCUCUCCCUGCCUCUGGUACCAGCAUUCCCAAUGCUUCUGGACCCACACAGAAACUGGUGGAGAAGCAGACUAGCUUCGAUCAGCAGCUCGACUCUCUGACUGACUUGUUGUCUGAGAUGGAGACCAGGGGACCUUUCAACCCCAAGUUACCGAACCAGUAUUCGUCAGCACCAGCGCCCAAGUCUCCAGCAGCUCCCCCAACCGCUCCCAAACCAGCCCUCUCCUUCCUCCCACCCCCGGAGCUGGGAGACCGUCCACCUCCUGCACCCUGGGCCGAGGAACUCAAAGCGAGAACGAACCGACAGGGGAGUCACAACUUUGCACCAACCUCUGCUGCUCAGCAAUUGGCUAAAGCGCCGGCUGUGACACCCAAAUCCGGCAUUGGAGGGAGACCCGUAACUUCAUCAACUUCUCUGGCGCAAAAACUAAACCAGAAUCUGAACCAGACACCCACUCCUCCUGGUGGAGCACCAAAGCCGUCUCCUCCCUCUGCCUCUAGCUCUUUCCAUCCUCCCCCUGCAGCUAGCUCUUUCCAUCCUCCCCCUGCAGCUCCCCCUGCAGCCCCCCCGGCACCCCCCGCUCCUUCAAUGAACAUGGCCACUGCCCCGGCCACUAAUCAGAUCAAGAGUUCUCCCUUUGCUAGUCAGGUAAAUGUGAACCGAAACAAUCCUGCUGCUGUGACUCCUCCUCAGCCCAAGACAAUGGCAUCUUCACCAUCCUCAUUUAAACAGCCAGUGAAAACUCCUCCAUCAUCCACGUCCCCUGGCCUAGUUCCCAUUCCAGGGGGAGGUGUUCCACUGAACAUGAGGGAGGUGGAGGAGCUCGAGAAAAUGACCAAUGACUUCAUUAAACAUAUGGACACAAAAGCACCUGUCAUCACCUCCCACCCCACAGAGGUUUGUGGGAAGUGUGGCGAGUCUCUGUCCCGUACUCAGCCCGCGGUGAGGGCCAUGGAUAAACUCUUCCAUUCCAACUGCUUCUGUUGCAUGAGCUGCCAUCGCCCCCUGCAGGGCAUGCAGUUCUACGACCGGGACGGUGCGCCUCAGUGUGAGGACUGCUACGUGAGCUCCCUAGCUGUGUGUUGCCGAUGUGGGGAGAGGAUCACAGACCGUGUGCUGAAGGCAGUGGGCCAGUGUUUCCACGCUCACUGCUUCCGCUGCAGCACCUGCUCCUGCGUACUCGAGGGGGCGCCCUUUAUCACCGACGACAACAACAACCCCUACUGUGUGCAGGAUUACCACAGGCGCUUCUCCCCUCUGUGCGUGAGCUGUAAUGAGCCCAUCGUUCCAGCCCCAGGCAGCGAAGAGACUGUGAGAGUGGUGGCUCUGGAUAAGAACUUCCACCUCAAGUGUUACCGCUGCGAGGACUGUGCUCGCCCCCUUUCCAUAGAAGCGGACGAAAAUGGUUGCUAUCCGCUGGACGGCAAGAUCCUGUGUAUGAAGUGCCACACCCAGCGAGCCAAGCAGGCUGCACAGUGAUAUGCUGCAGCAGCAUCGCUUAGCUUUACUAUGAACCAAACAUAAAAGCACAGGAUUCAUUCAGCUGCCAUUUUGCCUUCGCAACAGGGCUUUCUUCAGUAUAUGUGCACAGGAGUGAAUGUGCCGUUUGCAUGCAGAUACAGUGUAGUAAACCCUCCAGCUUUUUUUCUCUUCAGUGCAGAAGUAAUGUACUGCAUUGAAAUAAACACCCCCAUCCUAUGAUGAAACUCUCUGAAUCUCCCGUCUAGCCUUCCUGGUGCGCUAGAGUACGUGUUUUGUGCCAAUUCUAUGUUUACGCUAAAAUCUCCAGCAUAACUUGCACAAGAGCAGUUUGGUCAAGAGAACAGACUCAUGAAUAAAAAGUUGCCUUCGAUUUUCUCUUGCCUCCGUAAUAUCGGUAGCAUCAUGUAGUGAACUAUCUUUUUGAUAAGACUUUGACUAGUUGGUGUCUUUUCCUGUGAGUAUUGUUAAACCAGUGUUUGAGAUGGGUGCCAUGGGGUCUGGCGUAUCCAUGACCUCUCAUUUGACCAAGGCACACAGUGUUUCUGCCCGAUGGGCUGUUGAUUAGACCAUAUCUAGCGCUCCUUUUGCAGUUUGCGCCUGUGAGCAUGGUUCACAAUGCCUUCAUUUCAUUCUUAUCAGCCAAUCCAGCAUUAGGAAGUAAUCCAGGUCUAAAAACUGCACAAAACACUUACCUAAUUUUUCUCACGCAGAUUUGAUCGUUCACAGGCAUGUCUUUCCUACUAUACUAAGUAUUUCCCUAUGUGCUCAUUCAUCCCAUAAGAACAUCAGUCAGCAUUUCCUCCUUUAGUGCAGAGUGUUAGGUGUUUUUAGAUGCAUGAUAUGAGAAAUAUGAACAAACAGGCGAGCACAGACUUAAUAAGCCUUGAUUCCCUUCCAGGGGUCUUUGCAGUUUAACUUAACAGCAUAGUUAAAAACAGUCAGCUGCAUGGCUGGAAAUAGGGACCGUUAUGUGAUCGUUGCACACGUUCCAAGUGAAAUUAAGUCACUUUUACUUAAAGGGUCCAGCACAUGUCCUAUAUUUUAGGUAGACAACAUUGAAAAUUUCCCUAGUUGUAUUUGUUUGCCUUUGGAUCUCAUCCUUUAAGUUAUAUAUGGGUCUUUGUACUUUUUUUGGACCACUGAAACUCUCCUGGCUGCAGAAUAAUUGAUUGUUAGUGGUAUUUGGCCCUAAGAUAUUAAAGCAUAGUGAACAAAUAUUCAAAACUGUCAGAUUGAAGUCAACAAAAUGGUUACAUGGGAUUCAGUAUUUCAUUCAUGUAUGUCUUUUUAAAAUUUUUGUCUUGAUCUAUUGUGUCAGUAUACACCACUAUUCUUCCCGAUAUUCAUCUUUUGUACUUCAGUCGGCUCAUGUUGAUUAUAUAAUAUUUUAUUCUUGUACUGUCCUUCAUUAAUAAAUACUUACAAGUCCUUUUCUUUUUUACUUGAUGUGCCUUCUCCACUGUUGUAUUCCAUUGUUCUGAUUUGCAGCCACAGGAAAAGACAGUUGUUUUUUUUUUUUUUUUUUUGUUUUUUGUUGCUUGUGUUGAACCCGAUGCAAUACAUUCACAGGCUGUGAUUCAGCUCUGCAUGCCAGCUGUGCCGGCUGUGGUGGGGUUUCCUCACGCGUUGUGUCCUUUGCACCAACGUUUCCAGCUUUGUGUCCCACCUUCGUCGUUACUAAGUGAUAAAUGUAUGACGAUGCCUUGGCAGUUUAUCUGGCGUUUUCUUGUUGUGCCCUGCUGUGUGACAUGCAGAUGCCUUGCUUUCUUAUUUAACCUUUUUAUAAAUUCCGUUUGAUCUGUGGAGAAUUGUUCAUGUUUAAACCGAUUUCGCCCCACCCUCCCCUGUGGCUUUAUCAAGGGAUACAAAAAUAAAUAAACUGCCGAAAAUGAAUAAGUUUGUUGUCCCGCCUAUGAGUGAUCUUGAUAUAAAUGCAUGUUAAACCUUGA